AUGAUCUUGUAUCAUACAUUUCGUGAACAACUACCAAUACUUCUUCCAGACUCAACAGAAAACUAUGAAACAAAACCAUUAUUAUAUUCAAACGAACAAAAUGAAAUACUAAAGACAUUUGAUGAUGUAUUACCGAUUGAAUAUCAAUCAUGGGAAAAUUCAAUUAUCUAUCAUUCCAAUACCGUUAAUCCGUUAAAAACAGAAGAAACAGGUUGGAUACCAACACGUGAAUGUCGAACACUAGCUAGUUAUCAAAAAGAAAUAUUAGGACGUAAUGUAGACUUCAUUGAAAAUACACGAUUUGACGAUCAUGAUCGUGCUAUGAAUUGGUAUUCAAUUUUUCCUUUUACUGACGCGUAUAAAGCAAAAUAUAUCAAUCCUCAACAAGAUCCAACAGUGAUAGAAUUACAAAUUGAACCUCCUGUAGUUCCUAUUCGAAAAGAAAAACCGACAACACAUUCGAAUGUUAAUUCUUUAAAAAAUAAUAAAGAGAACCGUUUACGUCGAACACGAAAUGUUCUUGCUCGCGCAGGUUUAAUUGGUAUUUUACCUGAUGCUCGUGAUGAUUAUCAUCAUAAUAAUCCUCAUAAAAAAAAAGAAGAUAUUAAAGUGAAGUCUGUUAGUUUUUGGAAUUUAAGUAAUGAUUUUUAUUAUGACUUCAACAUUGAACAAGAAUUUCUAUCAAAACGACGAAUAAAUUCUUCACAGAAUCUUGAUUUUAUAUUUUAUCCAAUAUUUCGUACGAUAAAUGAAUUACGUUAUUUUCAUCGUCCAUUACUUAAUUUAUCAAGUUAUCAUCGAUCUUGGAUAUGCAUCCAAUUAUCAAACAUUAAAAAUCUUAAUAAAUCUAUUCGUACGAAAUCUGAUUUAACCGGUCGAUAUGGUGAAAUACUUUUAUUUGAAUAUAGUGAACAACAUCCAGCAUUAUUAAAUGAAAUAGGAAUGUUUAGUAAAAUUCGAACUUAUCUCCGACCGCAAUAUUUUAAAGCUCAUACAACAUCAUUUGAAGUUGAUUAUGGUGAAUUAAUCUACACACAUGCAUCACCAUUUCUUUGGUCAAUUCCACAAGGAUUAAAUAUUCAAACAAUAGAAAAUAAUAUGUUUAUAGCACCAAUCUAUCGACAAAUAUGUUUAACCAAUAAUUUUUUAAUAAUAUUUAAUCGAAAAAAUGGUUUUUUUAUACGAAAUAUCGAUAUAAUUUAUAUUAUUGGACAACAAUGUCCACUAAUUGAAGUUCCAAUACCACAAUCUAAACGUGUGAAUUUAUUUCAACGUGAUUUAUUACAAAUUUAUAUUUAUCGAUUAUUUUUACAAAGUAAUGAACUACCACGUCGAAUACGAAUUGAUGAUAUAAAACGAGUAUUUCCACGUUUGGCUGAAUCAUCUAUUCGUAAACGAUUAAAAACAAGUGCAGAUUUUCGCAGAACUGAUGCUGGUUUUUGUGAUAAAUACAAUAUUGAUUUUGAUGAUGAUGAACAGUUUAAUUAUUCAUCUGAACUUAACGAUGAAAUUUUACAAGCACCUUGGAAUACAACACGUGCGUAUCUUGGUGCAUUAAAAGGCAAAUGUUUAAUGCAAGUGUUUGGUAUUGGAAGUACUGAUGCAGAUCUUCGUCGUUUACAAUUAAAAGAUGCGAGAAAAUUAUUACUUAAAUUUAAUAUAUCUGAAAAAAUUAUUCAAUCGUUAACUCGAUGGGAAAUUGUUGAUUUAGUUCGAACAUUAUCUACACAACAAGCAAAAGAAGGCAUUGGUGGUGGGAUGGUUAAAUUUGCUCGUGGUGUCAAACAUUUACAAGCUCAACAAUUUGAAAAAUAUAAAGAAAAUUGUCAAAAACAAUUUGAAAUUCAAAAUCGUCUUUUCACAUGUACAGAUGAACAACUAACUGAUGAAGCUACAUCGGAAGAAAGUGAUGAAGAUGCUCAAUUACUUGAUGAAAUGAGUCGUACAUUAGAAAAUCUUUUACGACAAAAUAACGAGAUAAAUACAUCAACAUCAAUUUUAAACGAACGUCCAAAAAUGUUACAUAUUAUACGAACUUAUAUUGACAAUCAAGGUCAAACAUAUCAACAAGAAGAAUUUGUUCGAAAUAAUGAUUCAGUUGUGCAAGCAUAUAUUAAAAUUCGUCAAACUAAAAGUGAUAAAUUUAUUAAAGCUUAUUAUACAUUGGAUGAAACUGAACGUGAAACAUUAAAACGAGAACGUCGUCGUCUUCAAGAACAACUUCGUCGAGUAAAACGAAAUGAAGCACGUUAUAAUCAAUAUGAAAGACAACAAAUGUUAUUACAAAUACAACAACAAAAUCUAGCAUUAAUUCAAUCAGCUGAAACAUGCCAAAUACCACCAUUAUCAUCAUCAUCUCCGAUUAGUUUAAAACGUUCAAAUAGUAUUCUUUCUAAUUUACAGUUAAGUAUGAGUGAAGAUGAUGAUCAUUCUUCUUCAUCAAUAUCUUGA